AGUCAUGGCCCCCGCUCCCCGCGUUUACUCCAAGACCUACAAGGUCCCCCGUCGUCCUUUCGAGUCGGCCCGUCUUGACUCGGAACUGAAGGUUGUCGGCGAGUACGGCCUGCGCAACAAGCGUGAGGUGUGGCGUGUCCAGCUCACCCUGUCCAAGAUUCGUCGUGCUGCUCGUGAGCUUCUCACCCUCGACGAGAAGGACCCCAAGCGUCUUUUCGAAGGUAACGCUUUGAUUCGCCGUCUGGUCCGCAUCGGUGUCCUCGAUGAGUCCCGCAUGAAGCUCGAUUACGUCCUUGCCCUCCGCGUUGAGGACUUCUUGGAGCGUCGUCUUCAGACUUGCGUCUACAAGCUCGGUCUUGCCAAGUCCAUCCACCACGCCCGUGUCCUGAUCAAGCAGCGCCACAUCCGCGUCGGCAAGCAGAUCGUCAACGUUCCCUCCUACAUGGUCCGCCUGGACUCCCAGAAGCACAUCGACUUCGCCCUUACCUCCCCCUACGGUGGUGGCCGCCCUGGCCGUGUCCAGCGCAAGAAGGCUGCCGCUGCUGCCGGUGGUGACGACGAGGCUGAGGAGGAUGAGGAGUAAAGGAUUAAAAAUUGGAGUACGGACAGGUUUCGUUAGCCAAAAUAAAACCGCGGGGCUCUGUGGCUGCAGCAUAGCGUAUAAUGUUGUACGAUCAUGCAAUUCCAUGAAUGAACCAGUAGCCUACGGCUCGAUUCCCACAAUACUA